AUGUUUCGCGCGCAGCAGAAUGCAUAUGAUGAUGUUGUCGACGUGUGUGAUAAGGUGUCUGGGGAUGAAUCUGGCGCAAAAGAUGCGGUGGUCGCAAUGAUCAAACGACUCGCUCACCGCAAUGCAAACGUGCAGCUUUACACGUUGGAGCUUGCCAACGCCUUGUCCCAGAACUGCGGAGCGAAAGCACAUCGUGAAUUGGCAUCAAAGAGCUUUACAGAUGCGCUUUUACGUCUAGCGAGUGAUCGGAACACCCAUCCCCAGGUCAAGUCCAAGAUACUCGAGAAUAUGGAACAAUGGACGGAAAUGUUUUCGAGCAAUGCAGAUUUUGGGAUUAUGGAACAAGCUUACAUGAAGCUAAAAUCGCAGAAUCCAAACAUUCAACCGCCUUCGAAACCGACCAAACGUCAAAUAACCGAUAUAGACCGACAAAAAGAAGAGGAGGAGCUGCAAAUGGCGCUCGCUCUGUCUAUCAAAGAGAAACAACCAGUAAUAACUGCACAACAAGGCAGUUCAUCUGAGGAAGCUGCUACUAGCUCGUCUACUCAGUCCCAUGCCGUACCCUCUGUGGGCAUACCGUCUGGCACGACUGCUGCAACCGUAUCUCGCGUUCGGGCAUUAUAUGAUUUCCAGCCGUCAGAACCCGGAGAGCUUCAAUUCCGAAAGGGCGAUAUCAUAGCUGUGCUAGAGUCUGUUUAUAAGGACUGGUGGAAGGGUUCACUAAGGGGUCAGGUUGGCAUCUUUCCGCUAAAUUAUGUUGAAAAACUUUCGGACCCAACGCAGGAGGAGCUCCAACGAGAAGCCCAAAUGGAAGCUGAAGUCUUUGCCGAAAUAAAAAAUGUGGAAAAACUUUUGGCUUUGCUGAGCACGAGUAGCUCCGAAUUAAACGUACAAGAGAACGAGGAAAUUACGAAAUUAUACCAUUCAACGCUUGCGAUUCGACCGAAGUUGAUUGAGUUGAUUGGAAAAUAUUCCAAGAAGAAAGAUGACUUCACCCAACUCAAUGAGAAAUUUAUAAAAGCCCGAAAAGACUAUGAGGCGUUAUUAGAAGCAUCUAUGGCUCAUCCAGCGCAACCUCACUUUGGGCGACCGGCAGCUCACUCAUUUGGUUAUCCACCCCCUGGAGGGCAUCCAGGCUAUCCUUCAACGGCGGCGCAACAAGAACCACAACGCUAUUAUACCCCUAGGCCCGCGCAAGACCCACAAGCAGCUCCUCAUAACCCCCCGGUGGGAUAUUAUGGUACUGAAUCGAGCACAGUUUCUUAUCAGCCUACGUCCCAGUCUCCGGAAUUCCAAAAGCACACACCGCCAGGCGCCAUGCCACCACCGCAACAGCAACCAUCUCAACCACCACAGGACGGAUAUUCGCAAAGUGGAACUUCACAUUACCCGCCAAAGACAACCUUCGACCAUCCGCAAGAAUUGGGCACAUCCGUUUAUGACUCUCCACAAGGAAAUGCUCCACAAACCAUACGGCAUUCUUACCAUCCAUCAAUGCAACAGGAUUUCCAGAGACCCCUACAACACAAUCAACGACGUUAUUCUUCGCAGGAGAACCUAAAGCAGCAAGCGUUAUCAUCUAAUCCACCAUAUCCUAUACAGACGUCUCAAGAAACCCAGCAACAACCACUAUCACCGCCGGCGCCAAUGCACCAACCUCCGCCCAUCCCAACUGCUACGCCAUCACAGGCACCCUAUCCCGGCGGCGGUUAUCAAGCAUAUCAACCACCCACCGCACCACAACAACAUAGCCCAACCUCCAACCCCGCUGCGUUUUACCGAUAG